AUGAAGAUAGAGAACGUCUACCAACACAAUGGUACAGGGAAUAUUGUGGAUUUUGCGAAGAAAAUAGCUACUGAUUAUGAUUUGCGAGAAAUAUCUGAACCUUUUUCAAUAGUUGACCUAGACAACGUAAAGCGACAAAUGGAUUUGUGGAAAUUCGCUCUUCCAUCGGUCGGGCCCUACUAUGCUGUAAAAUGUAAUUCUGACCUGAACAUCUUAAAGACAUUAUCAGCGAAUGGCGCGUGCUUUGAUUGUGCAAGUGUUGUUGAAAUGGACAAGAUCUUGGGAAAUGGCUUGGCCAGCGGCGAAGAAAUCAUAUUGGCACACCCUAUCAAAUCUCGGGAAUGUAUACGGUAUGCGGUGGAGAACGAUGUUACAAUGAUGACUUUCGACAGUAUUGAGGAACUGCGAAAGAUUGUGAGUAUCACAACUAAAGCAAAGCUAAUAUUAAGGAUAAGAGUGGAAGGAUUCGAGGCACUUGUUGAUUUGAAUAAAAAAUUUGGAGCCGAUAUUGUGACAAGUAAAUUAAUUUUUCAUGAAGCGGCAAAAUUAGGAGUGGAAAUCCACGGCAUCAGCUUUCACAUCGGUUCCGGUGUAGACAAUUGUCGACCAAUGGCAGGUACAUUACAAACGGCAAGAACAUUGCUGGACUACGGUAGAUUACUUGGUCAUCCUGUUCAAAUACUGGAUAUCGGUGGUGGAUUUCUUCCAACGAAUGAUAGAAGUUUCCUGAAGAAAGUUCAGACUGGGCAUUUCAUCGAAAACACAUUGAGCACAUGUUUCGAAGGGAUUACGUUGGCCGUAAUUGCAGAACCGGGACGAUUCCUCGUCACAAAUGCGCAAUACGUUGCUACACGUGUGAAUCAGGUGAUCCUGAAGACGAUAAGCGAAGACCUACCAACAUCCUACAGUAUCUAUGUGAAUGAUGGUGUUUACGGCUCGUUUAAUUUCGUUCUUACUGAACGACGGAAAAAAAGAGAAGGCUAUAUGAGAGCGGAUAUUUGGGGUCCCACAUGCUGCAGUUUCGAUAUAAUUGAGACCGAUCGAUAUCUACCCGCUGUGAGAGAAGGAGACUGGAUCCUCUAUCCCGGCUGUGGAGCCUAUUCCAUCUGUUUAUCAACACAUUUUAAUGGUUUCUCCCCACCCAAUAUCCUCUAUGUGGCCUCAAGGAAAAAUUGGCGUAACAUUGAGGAAAAUCUUCGAAAUGAACGACAUAAAGAAGCUGACGAAGUGCCUCAAAGGACUCUUUCCAAGAUUUAA